AUGCCGCAACGAGAUGCCGCAAACGGCAACAGUCGAAAACUCUAUGUUGGCUACCCCUGCUCCUCGCCUGCGGGAGCGUUUUCUGCAUGGCUGGGCUUGACCACCCCCAUUACCCCAUUACGCAUCAUGGCAUGGUCAUACUACGGAAACUCCGUCCUGCAGCUCCUUCACACAAGUGAUGAGACUUGA